GAAUCAAUGUCAGCCAAUGAAGAAACGGUAGCUAUCAGCAUCUCUCUUGCUGCUACUAAUAUCAGAACUGAACUUUAUCAUGAAACCAAAAACGAGACAACAUUUUAUAUAAACCAAAAUAAUUUCAGUUUCAGGCUGUUGGUAAUAUUCUUAUGGUAGUUUUCUGGGUUUCCCACUCACACUCAGAUGUUGGGUGGUGCACUUUUAACCCCAACAACUCAAAGCCUCAAGGCAACAAGAACAAUUGCAAUGCUUUAUCCAACUCAUAGAUUAUUGUCUCUUAAGAACCCAGUAUCAAAUACCAGAGGAUUUUCAUCAAAAGAGAAUAUUUUUAUCAGAGGUCAACAAAUCAACAUUAAACAAUUUUUUGGCCUUAUCUCGGGUCAUUCUCCACGAAACAAAGCAGGAGUUGUUUCCCCCAGGUGUGGCCUGCCACUGACAGAAGAGAAUGUGGAGAAGGUUUUAGAUGAGGUAAGGCCUGGCUUGAUGGCUGAUGGAGGGAAUGUGGCAUUACAUGAGAUAGAUGGUCUUGUUGUUGUCCUCAAGCUACAAGGGGCAUGUGGAUCAUGUCCUAGCUCAGCUAUGACAUUGAAAAUGGGAAUUGAAACUCGCCUCCGGGAUAAGAUUCCAGAAAUCUUGGAAGUGGAGCAGAUAAUGGACACUGAGACCGGUCUCGAGUUAACCGAAGAAAAUGUUGAAAAUGUAGGGGGAACUUCUUGCAUCGUUUCUAGCAUUUCCAUAAUUUCAUUGGCCUUUUGGAAUUUUGAUUUUAAGUAUGAGGUUCUUUCUGAAAUUAGACCAUACCUUGUUGGCACUGGGGGAGGAAUAUUAGAGCUUGUUCAGAUAAAGGAUUAUGUUGUCAAAGUUCGGCUAAGUGGACCUGCAGCUGGGGUUACGACAGUUCGUGUUGCCUUAACACAGAAGCUGAGAGAUAAGAUACCUGCUAUUGCAGCUGUGCAACUAAUAGACUGAUGUCACAUACAAUACAAGUUUUUUUAUAUUUUGAUUUAUCUGUUACAUUGCAAACUCGUACCCUUUUGACAUGGUUUUAGCCGUAUGAAAAAAGAGCAGAUACUAAAAUCAAGGAUUUUGACUUUUUUGUUGUCGAAGGUUAACAUAUACUGAGCUAAAAUUAAUGAAAAUGAUGACAACUUGCACUGAGUGAA